AUGCCGCGACCAGCAACCGAUGCUGAUGAGCUCCGUGGCAAGCAAAACGCAACAUCACGGUCUCCCAGCAAAGAACGGUCUCCCAGCAAAGACUCGACACAUAAGGAUGCUGCAGAUAUUGCCCGUCAGUUCGACCAGCACCUGAAAGGCUUGGCAGCAAUGUUCAACAAGCUGCAAUUUCAGCAUCAGCAUGAACUUCCACAAGCUGUUUUGCCACCAGUUGAACCUCCAAGGAUAUCUAACUUUUCGACUUUCUAUGGUCUGCAAGCAAGGAUGUGCUUCCGAAGACAGAAGCCCACAUAA